AUGCAAAAGGCCACCUUUAAAGGCUUCAUCCUCGCAAGUUAUCUGGCAUUGUUGAUGCUGUCGAGGCGGGAUCGGUCUACCGCACCAUCUACCUUAUCCUUCCGCCCCUCUGCGAACGGCCUGACGUCGGCCGGGGAAGCGCAAGUGGGCUCUCAAAUCAGCGGCCUAAACCGAGCCAGCCGAACGCCAGCAACCAACCCCGGGCCAAAACCAGUGCCGAUCCUUUGUGGGCAACAUCUGACCAAUCCCCUCUCGAGCCUGUUGCGUGUUCGGGUCAAAGGACAGCAGCACCCCAUCGAGAACCUGGAAUACGCUCCGCUGGCCGCUCCACAGCGGGAACAUCAUUUGCCGCUCGUCUGGUUAGUCCGUUUGGGAAACCGCCGGUCGCACCCGGAGAGGGGAGGCGCCAUCAAACGUUCAGAACCUUACCGAGAAAAUUCCGGGGCUGCGGAAAUCCUCGCGUGGGGGGACACAGCUGGUGACACAGCAUCCAGUGCUUCAGCAGCCUCCCUUUUCCACGCCAUCUGCAUCAAGCACCCGGCUCUGCGCAAGUUGCCGAUGGCGGCUCUGAUCCGUAUCCGCCGUGUCUGCGAAGCCGAAGCACAGCAUUUGGGAACCGGAUUCAGCAUAUAUGGCAAGAAAGAGACCCUUAUCCCCGUCCCCGUCAUCCUCAUCCUCAUCACAAUUGCAUCCACGCCUACUUCACGUUCUCAAACGCUCGUUUUGGGCUGUCAAUAUCAGCGCAUAUUCCAGUCUUCCUAG